AUGGCUCCGUCACCCUUACCAGAGUUCGUCUACAAGAUCGUGCCCACGGCACCUCCGACGCCAAUCCCAUCUGAGUACCCACUUUCGGAACUCGACCGAAAAGACGGAUUCGUCCAUUUGAGCAUUGGUACCCAGAUCCCCAUAACGUCCGACCUCUUCUUCAAAGAGGCCACAAGCAUAUGGGUUCUCAAGAUCCGGUUCGCGCCCAAGUUCCACCCCACGACGACGUGGGAGAUCGAAGGGUGCCCGCAUCUUUAUGGGAAUUUUGGUGCAGGUGAUGUGGAGAGUGUGCGGGAAUUCACACGGCCAAAUGAGGGGAGCUGGAAAGAAGCGAUGAGGGAGAGUGGUGGCUGGCUAGUUUGA